UUUAAGUUUAAAAUAAUAGAUUUAUUAAACAUCCCGUGAAUUAUGACAUUACUGUUGGGGUCAGUGUUGGGGUCAGUGUUGGGGUCAUUGUUGGCAUACGAGUGGUGUUUCAUAGGACUCAUUGUGGCGGUGAUCGCCUAUUACUACAUUUCGUGGAGGAAUGCCGUCAGCUAUUGGAAGGAUCGACACAUUUGUGGUCCGAAACCCAUACCUAUAUUCGGAAACAUAUUGGGAUUAUACCUAAAUCCUGGACCAUUAAAUGAGUUGCAGUGGUAUAAGAAAUACGGCAAAAUUUAUGGACUAUACAUGUCAUCGAAGCCCACGCUAACAGUGGCCGACCCGCAGCUCAUCCAACAAAUUCUGGUCAAAGAUUUCAAUAUAUUUCGUAACCGACCCGUAAUUCCCGGGACUGAUAUGCUGGCCAUGACAACAGCCAGGGAUGAGGACUGGAAGCGGAUCCGUGCGAUAGCCAACCCUACCUUCACGUCCGGAAAGAUAAGGAAAAUGUAUGGCAUUAUCAACCAUUGCGGCCAAGACUUCAUCGGUAGCCUCGAUAAGGAUGUGUCGAAUGGUGUGAAUGAAGUCGAGUUGAAGCGACUGAUGGGCGCCUACACUAUGGAUGUGAUCGCCAGCUGUGCCUUCGCCGCCAAAACCAAUACAUACGCCGAUCCUAACAACCCGUUCACCACUAAUGGGGCCAAUAUAACCAAUGGUCCUGGUUCCAUUUACAAAAGGUUGUUGCGAAGGACCCUGCCCACAUUGAUCGUAUCCAGUAAUAUAUACCGUAAGCUUUUAGGCCCCCGUGGGUCUAACGCCGCCUUUUUUGUCGAUUUCACGCGAAGUCUUAUAAAGAAAAGGAGAGAUAAUAAUGAAAAACACAACGAUUUUCUGCAGUUAUUAAUGGAUGCCGAGAGACCUGAAGGAGAUAUACGAGAGGCCAGUGAUGCCAAUGAAGCACAUCAUGUGAAUGAGGGUAAGGAUGAGAUGAAAGCUUAUGCCGAGGCCUUCACUGGAGUGUCGGAGAAGAAGUUGACUGAAGACGAGAUAUUAGCGCAAUGUUUCCUAUUCUUCAUCGCGGGAUAUGAGACCACGUCUACUGCUCUGUCAUUCUGUGCCUAUGAGUUGGCACUCAAUCCGGGACUUCAGGAUAGACUCUAUGAGGAGACGAAAGAGGCGUUCAAUGAAAAGGGAGAAAUGGAUUACUCAGUGCUGUCGAGACUACCAUUCAUUGACGCACUUCUGUCCGAAACUCUUCGCCAUUAUCCGCCAAUAUCUCGACUUCCGAGGACAGCCGCCCAAGACGUCAUGUUAGGCAGCACUGGAGUGAAGAUCGAGAAGGGAGUGUCCGUCGAAAUCCCGGUUUAUGCCAUACAUCACGACCCCGACCACUACCCGGAUCCAUUUACCUUCAACCCGGAUAGGUUUAUGCCGCAAAACCGGGAUCACAUCCAACCCUAUACUUACCUCCCAUUCGGUUCGGGUCCACGAAAUUGCAUUGGAAUGCGAUUCGCGUUAUUGUCAGCAAAGCUCGUGUUGGCGAAGAUCUCACAUUCGUUCCGCUUCUCCAGAGUCACCGACACUGACGUCCCCGUCAUCUACACGACAACCCUCUUAAAUAAGUUACUACCCAAACGGCUUGUGGUGGGCGUUCACAAACGAUAGACUAUUUCUUCGGUGUUUACAGAGUAAUGCUUAUAGCAUGCUACAUCUUACAUUUAU